GGUGCCCACGCAGGCGGGUUGUGAGAGUGUCAUCGCCUUGGGCUGAACCGGGGACGAUUCGACAAUUCAAACCCAAAAUCCAAAAGGGAGAUAUUCCGUCAACGCGCACUACCUAGAGCAUCUGAGGUUCUUAAUCGGAUGAUAUCCAGAUAGGAUCUGCUCCACUGUGUGCUCGAAAUAUGCACAUCAUCCCGUCGCACUAUGAGAUCCCUGGCCGAAACAAAAUCACGAUGGGAGGAAACUUUUAGGGGUGGGUAUGGGAUAACCGAUCUGCAACGCGCCGUCAAGUUCAACGGCCCUAACAGUCCAUGCGCCGCCGGUUUACGGUCUAUCUGCUGGAAGGCCUUCUUGUUAUGGAGGAAUGCGCCCUCUGAGCAGUGGCCCGAGCUAGCCCGCGAGGCUCGUGCAUCUUACAGCGCCUUGUGCGACCAGCACUUGAGGUUCAUCAGGCAUCCCGAGCAACUCGCUGCCCUCACCGUCGACCCCCUGGCCGACGAUCCCGACUCCCCAUGGGACGCCGUACGCAAAGACGAGACGGUCCGGGCCGAGAUCCUGCAGGAUGUCUCCAGGCUUCCCGAUGAGCCCUUCUAUCAUGAGGCGGCCGUCCAGACCAUGAUUCUGGACAUUCUAUUCAUGUACUGCAAGCUCAAUCCCAGCGUUGGCGGGUAUCGUCAGGGUAUGCAUGAGUUGCUCGCCCCUAUUGUAUGGGUCGUGGCUCAGGACACCGUCGACCGCGCGACCACCAUCGCUGCCGACGACCCAGAUGGAGCCCUCCUUGUGGAAAUGCUAGACCCGGCCUUCAUCGAGCAUGAUGCCUUCGCGCUGUUCUCCAAGAUCAUGGAGAGCGCUAGCACCUUUUACGAGAUCGAAAGCGGGUCCGGUUUGGAAACACAACAAAGAAACACCAUCGUCGAGAGAAGCAAAUAUAUACACGAAGUUGCUCUAAUGAAGAUUGACGAGGAGCUCGCCAACCAUCUGCGGAAUAUUGAAGUGCUGCCCCAAAUAUUUCUCAUUCGGUGGAUUCGGCUUCUGUUCGGCAGGGAAUUCGAAUUCGAGGAGAUGUUAACCCUUUGGGACACCAUAUUUGCCUAUGAUCCUACAUUGGAGCUAAUGGACCUCAUAUGUGUUGCCAUGCUCCUCAGAAUUCGAUGGACUUUACUCGAGGCAGACUAUUCAGUGGCACUGCAAUCAAUGCUGAAAUAUCCGGCACCUCCACCUCCGCAUGGCCCUCAUACAUUUGUCGACGACGCAAUGUACUUGAGGGACCACUUUGACGCCGCCGGUGGUGUGACUCUAAUCUUCAAGUACACUGGCAAGAGCCCGGCCAAUACAUCCGUCACGACACCAACCCCGUCGCGAAUUCCAACACCGUCAUUCCAAAAGUUCAACAGCUUACGACAACGGACACUAGGAGCGAGGGCCCCAUUAUCGACUUCGGCCAGGAUUCUGCAGCAACCAGGCGGCGUCGAGGCAUUGUUACAGGGAGCCGCCAAAAACAUGAUGGAGCGGGGAGAAAAGCUCGGUAUCAACCAGGCCGUACGGGAUGCGAUGGGCGAGUUCCGCCGAAAUGUCCAAGGGUUCCAGGAAACUCGGGGAACCCCAGGCGGAGGCCGUGGUCUGUUUGGUGAAUCCGGGCCGCCAACGCCGGAUCACUCACUAGCAAUCACUUUGAUGGAAAGGCGGAACAGCCGGCUAGCCGCCAUGCUAGACGAGUCAGUUUCAAGCCUCAAACAGCUGGCGGCUUCAGGCUUGGAGGGCGAGAAGGAGAAGCAUCUCGAGACGGUCGAGAUCGCCGCAGCCAAGGUCCAGUUCGUCAAAGCCUGCUUGGAAGAUCCCACACUUGCUCUACCCGAGGAGGAGCUCCCUGCUAUCAACACGCUUGCCAUCUCGAGCCCCGCCGAGGCCGGUGCACCAACAGUCGCGCUCGACACUACCCCCGUGGUCACGACCUCGUCCGCCGUAGAUGAGACAAGGACAGCACUGUCAACACCCGAGUCCGCAAAGGUCUCGGUAACCUCCCUACCAAAGGAGCCACAGCCCAUGCCACCCGCGAACGAACCCGACGAGAUGGACACCGACGACCACGACGAGGAAGACACGCUCCCACCCCUCAAAUCCGAAAUCACCCACUCCCCACCCCGACCACCAUCCCUCUCCUCCGAGGUCCUCCCCGACAGCCCCCCUCCGCCCACCCAACAACAACCACCACCACCACCAACCCACCGCCCACCCGGCCCCAUCCCAACGCGCUCCACCCUCGCCCAGUCCUCCUUCGCAUGGAUGCUCGAGCCCGACACGGCCAUCUCGUCCCUCUCCCGGCCGCACUCCGUCUCCUUCUCGUCGGUCCGGCCGCCCAUCGGCGGCGGGAGCGGCGGAAACGGCGGGUACAGCGGUGGGUACAGCGGUGGGUACAGCGGUGGGUACAGCAGCAGCGCAGCACAGCAGAAGAGGCGCCCGAACCCGAGCAGGGAGCGGAACGCCUUCCUCUUUGGUGAGGUCACUGCUGCUGAUGCCGUGCCGGGGGAGGCGGCGCUGUCGGCGGAUCAGAUCUUUGGGCUGCAGCCUAUUCGGAAGGGGGGGUGAUGGAUGCGGUGUGGGUUUGGGUUGUGGUAAGGGUGCUGGGCUGCUGGUCAGGCUUUGGGG